AUGUACAUUUUUAAUAAUAACGUGAGGUUUUAUGCCAGUACUGUUAAUUUUACGUAUGGCAUCUGUUAAAAACAUGGGAACUCAGGCUCCAGCUCCUAGAAGAUAUUGAUUGAUGCAUUUUUGUCUAUUGCAACGUCCUCACAUUACCAUCAGAAUUUCUCAUUGAAAAUGAAAAAAAAUGGGAUUAACUAACAAAAACCCCACACCUCUGUAGUACUAAUUGCUAUUGCAAGUGUUUAUGAGGUGAAGAGAGCAGUGAUGCAGCAACAUCUGGGGAAGAGAACAGAUUUUAAUUCCUUUACGUGGCAGGAGUCGAGGACAAUAUCCAGCAUAAUGGAGAUAAGUAAUACAGGGGCUGUGGAGCACAGCACACAGUUGGUGGAGUCACCUUGGGUCUGCACCAAACCAACCUACACAGGACCUAAAGAAUGUAGGACCUGUAUUCCACAGGGCCUGGUCUAAGUACCUCCUCCACUAGGAAGAGCCCAGUUUGCAAGACCCAUCUAGACCAGUCAGGCAUGGACCCGCUCCAUGGCUUGAAGCAAAGGAGAACCGCCACCUACCAUAGUACCAGAGCAGUGUCAGGCUCCACGCAGAUAUGUGGUCAGCAGCUCCGUAUGGAACACGAGAUGCUAAAGCAGAGUUUCACUGAUCAAAGCUGGCCUGAGCAGGUAUUCAGAGCUUGCUCAGGGACACCAAACAACCUGUACAGCUGCAGACUCUCAUUCAGCACUCCCACUAAUCCCUGUUUGCUCCAGGCCUCCUGAUUGUAAGAUUAGCUUUUUAUAGCUGGGUGGGGGCUUUUUCCCCUCACCACUACUUCAGUUACUGUCCCACAUUCAAGUUGUUUCCAUGCAUUCCUGCUGUGUAGAACCCAGAUCACAGACUCAGGAGACCAGGGAAUCAAGUCCAUACACAUUUGAAUAUGCCUGCAGGGAUUAGCCUGGAUCUGGCUGGCAGUAUGAUUCCUUGACAAGAGCAGAAACUGCUUACCUGUGAGGAGGGACUCCUCCUGGAGUCAGUUUGGUGGCUCUGCACAACCUCCCCCUGGAUUCCAGAAUUGAGAGUUGUGUUCUAACUCAAGGUUGGCUGUGUACCAGAAAGGUUCAGGACUACAGCCUAUUAGCUCAGCUCAGUUCUGUGAAAAAAAAAUUGGAUCACUCCUAAUCAGUAUGAGGUGUUACGAUUAGACCCUAUGGUACAUACUGUAGGUAGGCUACUCCCACUGCUCUCUUGAUUUCAUUGGAGCAGGAUACAGAAGUCCUUUUAACAUUACUGUCAAUGAUGCAAACGUUUCCAACAGGAGACACCUAAGCAGGGAAAAAUACAGUAGUUAAGUGUCACAGACAAAUGAACAUGCCUGACACCAGCAGAGAAAGAAACUAUGAUUAAUAGUGUUAUUUCCUUUAGGCAAUCAUGGUUAGCAAGCAGAUUGCACGUCUUUAGCUGGCUACCUGUUUUUCCAAUAGAGCCAAAUUUCUGCUUCUCACUUCGAAAAGCUGUAAAUGUACCUGACACAGCCUUCACACUGAAUGUGUUAUUCUGUUCAGGAAUUUAAUUAACUUUUGAUUACUCUAACACAUUUCAGUACCUCUACUUGUAUGAAGGACUAAACAAAACACUAAUUUAUUCUUAAUAGUGUAUUUAAUUUUGGCUGCAUACUUUAAACACGCUUGAAAUCAACUGCUUAAAUCACAAGAUUACUCUUCCACAACAGGAAUACCAGACUUCACUGGAAACGAUUCUGACAUUCAUGGGGACAGUAAGUUGUCCCUGCUGGAAGAGCCAAAGAGGUGUACCAAGUCUGAAGCUAAUAAACUAGGGCUGAAGAGGUCACAACCGUCCUCUGAGCUAUGAUGCAAACCAGAAAGAUAAAAAGUCACAGUGCCAUCUCUUCCUCUCAAUCAUCUUCCUCUCAAUCAUCUUCCCCCAGAAGCCUGCAAUGCUUCUUUUGAAGGCUAAACAGAUCUGGGGGUCUGUUUGGAAGGCAAAGUCAAUAAUACUGUCUUCAUCCCAUGUCUUCUCUUAAAGAGCUGUUUCUGGUAGCUUUACACAGGUAUUGUACAAUACCUGUGCUCUCUGAGUGACACUGCUAUUCCAUCUCAUUUCUGCUGCUGGACUUGUACUAGGGAAAUUCUUCAUGCCCUCUCCCCACUACCCUUACCUCUGGAGGAAGGAAGAUGAUGGCUGGGAGGCAGACAUACUCCAAACCUUUGUGUCUGGACAGCACUUUAAGAGAGAAGUCAGUACUAAAUACAGUCAUCAUGCGUCUGCUACUUAGACUAUAAAAUGAUCUAUCACCACCACUACAUCCUCUCUACACCCACAUCACUGUUCAGCGAUGUCUUUUCUCUUCCAGCUAAUCAGCAUUUCAGCUAGCAAUUCUGAAACUGUAAAAAGACAAAAGUUUAUUUAGGUCUUGAACUAGAGUGAGAAACAGGCUUAAAAAAAAAUAAUUGCCAAAUACAAAGAGACAGAUAGCUCAUCACAGAUAGCACAAGUAGGCUAAGUAGCUCAAAACCAAGCAAAGUAAGUAAACUGGGAACAAAAAAGUAGAAAAAGGGAUCAUCAUCCAACAGAAAACAAAAGGACUUGACUCAGGUCAGGGUAGAUUGUAAACAUCACUUAAAAAAAACCCACACUAUAAUUCUGAGCUGUCUUGUAGCAAUUUUAAUAUCUUAUACUAAAGAUACAGAAUAAUCUUUUCUUCUUUCCUCCUGGAACUGAUCUGUUGUUUCAGCAUGGCCAAAUCAAAAAACGUACUUUAUUUAAACAUUAAUCCCAGGAUACAAAAAAUUUUGUGGAAUUUUCUUUAUCUUGUGAUGGAAAUUUGUAAUUCAUUGCUGCAAAUUCCACUUUUCAGGCCAACUUAUAAUGAAUCUUCUGACAACAGCCUCCAACAGCUAUCACAGCAGAGUCCAUCGGUUCGGUCUCACCCUUCACAGCAUAGUGGCAUCCAUUUGUGAUUCCUUACUAAAAUGGUUCUAAGUGAGUUAACUGAGACUCACUCUUUCCUUAUAUAUGCCCCAUUACUUGUCUUCUCUUCCCUCCACACCCUUUUUUUUUUUUAAAAAAAAAAUCUUUGUAUGUGUGGGAAGAGACUACUGCAAUAGAAAAAAUGAAACUUUAAAUGAAAUUCUUCCCUUGACACUCUGCAGCCUUUCAGCUAAGUCUGUCCCACAAGAAGCAGUUCUACCAAGAUAUAACCCUUACCAGCAACCUAUUUUGUAUCUUUGCUAUCUAAGUGCCACUGCAGCUUUGUACAGUUUCUCUUCAAAACAGAUGACACUACCUAGGGGCAACUCUGCUGAUGUGAUAGCUGCUUGAAAGACCUUUGAUCAUGGUUUCAGACGCUGUAAACAAAGGAAUAACAUCCAAGAUGCAUCUUGUCCCUUCAAAGUUAUAGUCAACUACUGACCCUGCCAAACCGUAUGCUACACCAACUUACUACUAACAAAAAAAAAAAAAUUCACCCUUAGGGAAGAAUUCAAGACCACUUGAGAUCAUUUAUCAUUUUGGUACUGAAAGACCUCUAGCAUUUCAUCCUCUAACAAAAUGGGAGAAAGCCAAGUACCCAGAGAGGCAGAGCUCCCAGCACCCACCCCCCUCUUCACAAAAGGAUUCAUUCCAUUAAAUGUACAUGAAAUAUGCAUGACCAUUCACACAAAGGGUAAGGAAAAACACAGGUCCACUGAAAUUUGUGAGAAAUGUUUCAUACUGCCAUCUGCCCCUCUGAAAGAGAACUGAUGUAAAAACAAUCAGAAAAGUGUCUUCUGGAUACCAUUCUCAAAAUAGCUUCUCUCUGCUCUGUUGACAACAGGCACAGAGGAUUCAAGAAAUAACCUGGGACAGCUGUCAAAUCCAAAACAUGCAGAAAAAUGUCUUUAUAUAGUAACUGAUAAAAAUACCAAUAUAUUUUACACAUGGACAUAUUCUUUAGAUGUCAGGAGGUUCUUUUCUAUGUAAAACCUACUAUUAAAUCCAAACUCUUGUCUAAAAUUUAACCAACAAAUUUUGUAUCAUUCUUUGGCAUACAAAGAGAGGCCCCUGACCUAACUAUGGGUCAAUAAGAUUCAAAAAAUUCAAGAUGCAUUACAACAAAAUUAAUUUGGCCUCCCAAGGAAAAUGUGACAUAGUUCCACCAAGAAUCCAUGAAUAGACAAUGAUGUCAAACCACUUUUUCUAUACACUGUUUCACAGGCAUUUGUGUUGAAACUUGCACCUGAAUAAAUGUUCUCCAUCAAAUCCUGGUGUAAGCAAUGACACUGAAACAAAGAACAAUCAAUAUCCUUGUAUAUUAAUAUCCCUUUAUAAUCUGCUUACAUGAUCUGCUCAGACUGUACUAUAAUCCAUUUUCCUUAACAAUCAAUCUAUACCACAAAUAUAUACAGGAAAAAAACUUAUUUUCAAUGGAUUUCUACCUCAUUAAACUCUUCCUAAUGAGUCUGGGGAUACGGCUUUAGAGUAAAUGAACAGAAGGUAUUUUAAAUAAAAUAGCUGAGUUUAAACAAAACCAGUUCAUACUUAAUCAUAGCCUACAGGUAACAAAAAUGAGCUGGUUUAUGCACUAACCACCUAGUGCAAUCUCCUCUUCCUCCAUAAAGGUUUGCUUUGGGAAGAGCAACUUCACUGAGCACUCAUGCAAGAAAGAAUGUUAUUUGAAAAUAACAGACAGAAGCCAAAUAUAUGCCUACAUGUAACACAGCUAUUCAUGAGUGUAUGUUGCCCCUUGCUGUGCAAGAGUGAUCGUCAGUAAUCUUACUCUUAUGAUUGAGGCCAAGUAAUAGAAUUGGCUUCUUACCCACACUGCUGUGUAUUACAGCCUUUUAUUUUUUUAAAUAUGGUUGUAGAAAUAAAAUCUUCAGUCUUGAAAUGAAUUCAGAAUGAGACACUGAAUUCUGCAUCACUCCAUCCUGACUUUGCUGAAGCCAGUGUUAUUCAAAAAUGCUAUCGGUCAGAAUUCACAGCGGGGAGGAAAGCACAGCUCUUCUGUUAAUACCAGAGCUAUUCAAUGAGUAUCUGGGUACGUAGCCAAAAACUUGGAAGAUCAUAGCAGAGGCCACUCCAAUACUUUUAACUUCACCCAUCAGCAAUGGGAUCUCACUUCAGAACUAUGCACUUUCUUUUUUUCAAUCAUGAUUUUGAUCCCUAGCUAUCCAGAUCCCUUUUAACUCUGCUAUUUUCUGUUCCCUCUGCUCCAAAGCAGCAGCAUUGAUGAGAAAUGCUCCAACUCAAUGGGUUCAUCUCAGUCACCUGAAACACAAACAUUACUUGUUUUUAAAGAAGCAAGCAACAAUAUUCAGACUAAUGAUUUUCACACUAUAUACAGCAUGCUAUGCUUACCCCAAGCAUGCAGUAUUCCCCCACCAGAAGUAGAUUUUUCAUUUCUCAUCCAAAAAAAAACCCCACACAACCCCGCUUCCCGCUAGCUGCGGGGCAUCCCACCGAGCUGCAGCAAUACUUUAUUCUGUUCCAAAGCUGUCACCGCCCCCCGCCCCUUAGGGGUCACCGAGCCCCGUUUUCCCUUCGGCAAAAGUGAUAGCGCCUUUCUGAGUUUCUCUUAACGCUUACAGCGAGGCCUUUCUUUACCGCUUGCCCGUCAAACCAGCUCCUUUGAAAAGCCCGCAGGGCCGCUGCCUCCCCGCCGCCCCCCCCCAGCCCCGACCGGCUGCGCCCGCCGGCGCCCCGGCGCCCGGCCCUGUGCCGCGCCCUUCGCCACCGCGGGCUCCCGGGAACGGAGCACCUCGCCCCACCGGGCACCGACAGAGCGGCCCGCGGUGCAGGGGAGCGCUACCCGGAGUCCCGCCGGCAGCGCCCGGCCCCAGCGCGGCGCCCGCCCGCCCCCGCCCCCAGGCAGUGCGGGCCCGCCAUGGCGGCGGCACGGGCUCGGGCGCUGCUGCAGCAGUGCGCGUCCGCCCGGCUGCAGGUGAAGCCGCCCGAGGGCGGCUCCGAGGCCGAGUGGGUGGAGAUCCAGAGAGGGCUUGUUGUCUACAUAUGCUUCUUCAAAGGUGCUGAUGAGGAUCUUGUUCCAAAAAUCGUCAAUAUGCUGUUGAAUGUUAAGUUAAGUGAAAAUGAAAACGGCGAGUACGUUUCUGUUCUUGAUUUACCAGGGGAUGUGCUAAUCAUACCACAAGCUACCCUAGGUGGUAAACCAAAGGGGAGAAAGAUGCAGUACCAUGCAAACAUUGAAAAAGAAAAGGGACUGGAACUUUAUUCUCAGUUUGUGACUUUGUGUGAAAAAGAACUGGCUGCCAAUGCCAAAUGCAUAGAAGCUGGCGUUCUCGUCAAGCACGGCACAUAUGGAAACAGGCAGGUGUUAAAACUGGAUACAAAUGGACCUUACACUCAUAUGAUUGAAUUUUGAAAAAAAAAAAAAUUAUAUCCUGGGUACAGUACUGGCUUGCAAAUGUUGGGGGCAGUUGUCUUUGGUUUUUUGUUUUUUUUUUUUUACCUCUUCCCCUUCAUUUCUAAGCAUUAAUGUACUUAAAUGGUUUGGUAGAUAACAGUGUAAGAAAGAAUUUCACUCAUCUGUACUGGUGAUGCCAAUCCUAUUAAAUAGAAGGAUGACUGAGA